AUGGUUACACUCACCUUUCGACCCUUCGUACUUUGUCGUCGACCAUUGACUCGGUCUCCAGCACGCUCGAUCGCCACCAAAGCUCACGAUGAGUAUUCUUGUACCUAUUGCAACUUUAACAAGUAUGUGAACCCUGCACAACCACCCGUCGAACGCCUGAUAGAUGCAUUGGUGCGUGAGCUUCGCUUUUACUUGGAUGAGCCUCGAUUUGAAUUAUGGGAUAAGUGCGUGGCAUCAGUCUACUUCGGUGGCGGAACACCCAGUAUUGCUAGCCCCAAGACCAUCGAACGUAUAUUGGAUACCUUGCAGAUACCAAGUGAUGUCGAAGUUACAUUGGAAAAAAUGGAUAACAAUGAAAA